AAGAAGAUUCUUCCCGGUUUGCAUUAUCGUUACGACUUGCGAAUUAAACCCCCCCGUAUUCAUUAGCUGGAGAUUUUUUUUUGAAGUGGCGUCUUUUCUUUGAAAUAAGAAGAAGUGUACUACACAUAACACAGUACACACAACGGGUGGAAGCGCUUCUAAGAACGUGGUUUUGGCGAUUUGUUACGGUUAUCACUGAAUACCUAUCCGGCAGUGAUGGGCAGCGCUUCUAAGUUUAUCAUGCUGCUUAGCACUCCAUUUCCCUUCCUCUGUUCCCGCCCUUCAACUCUCCGCCUCGCUCGCUACGCGAGGGUUUCUAUUGCUUGCUUCUCUUCCUCAGGUCACCAUAGCAGGUUGUCUUCGAACUCUCGCCCUCGGUUGGCGUCUCCAAUCAAGGUUUCUGAACAAAUUCACACGCAGACCAGUAGUAUCAGAGACGAUUAUGCUGACGAAUCAGUAGGGUUCUCGAGUUAUAGGGUUUCUCAUCCUUGGCUGGAGUGGUCGAAGCUGGUGGAGAAUCUCAAGGACAGGGGCUACUUUGAUUGUCAGAGUUCUUCACUUGAAAACAGCAAUAAAGAUGAGUUUUCGGUGUUUGAAGACCUGCCGGAGGAGUUCGUACGAGCUGCCAGUGCAUGUCUCUCUUUUGCUCGUGACAAGCCGGAUAUUUUAGGGUCGCUUUCUAGGAAGGAUAUGGAGGUUAUUGUUGAAAAUGGAUCACCGUUUCUAUUCAAAAACUCACUGGAGUCGGCAAGGCGGAUGAGGUCAUUCCUAGGCAGGAGCGGAAGCGAUGAGUUGGAAAUUGAGAGAGCAAACAUGGUUGACCUGAUGCGGUUUCUGUUGAGCUAUGCAUGCAAUCCUCUUGCUGGUUCAGAUGGGAACAAUCUCAAUAAUAGACAUGUUGUUGAAUCAUCUGUCCGUAAUCUGUUAAAAGAGUUGGCUAAUUUGAGUGGAGCUGUUCAAGAAUCAGACCUUUCUGGGUCAACUACUCGGCAGUUCUCAAAUGGGUACAGGCAGACCACAAGGCCUCUUGGGCAAAAUACUGAAAUGAAGAGAGGUGAUUGGAUUUGUCCAAAGUGCAGUUUCAUGAACUUUGCAAGAAACAUGAAAUGCCUAGAAUGCAACGAGGCAAGACCAAAGAGGCAGCUGACUGGUGGAGAGUGGGAGUGUCCUCAAUGUGCUUUCUUUAAUUAUGGGCGGAAUAUAGUAUGCCUAAGGUGUGACUGCAAGCGCCCUGAAGAGAUGUCAUUUGGCACCACUGGCCCCAGGUCUGGUUUGGGCUAUGGCGGUGGGACUAACCUUAACAAGGCUGAUAUUGAGAGCAAGCUGGCUACAGGUGAUGAGAAGGCAGAAAGAUGGUUCAGUAAUGUCUCUCAGCUCGACAACACCCCUGACCUUGGUGCUGCCACAGCUGAUGAAGAUUUUCCAGAAAUCAUGCCUUUGCGGAAAGGAGUCAACAGAUUUGUUGUAAGCACGAGAAAGACACCUCUAGAACGUAGGUUGGCAAAUGCUCAACACCGAAGGAACUUAGGUAAUGAACUCACUCCUGAGGGUGAUGGUUUUCAGACAGGUUUGGUUCCUGAAAGCACCAAGUCCAGUAAAUCAGAUGAUAAUCUGCUGCUUUCUGUAAAGCUAACAAACCAGACCGAGAGCAAGGGUGAUAAAGAAGAAGAAAAAUCUGAAAGGUGGUUUAAGAAGGUUUCCGAACUGCAUCGUUCUACAGGUUUGCCGAGUGCAAUGUCAGACAGAAACUUCCCAGAGAUCAUGCCGAAGCAUAAAGGGGAGAACCAAUUUGUGGUCAGUAAGGACAGUUCAUUCUUACCCAAAAAGAACGACAGUUCAUUAACCCCCCCAUACAGGAGGGGUAUGGCUAAGGAACAAUCAAGUAAUACUAACUUUGUCCGAUUUGUCCCUUUUCCACCUGAUUACUUUGCUAAAAAGGACACGCACACUGGAGCUUUGGCGGGCAAGACUGUGAGUGAAAAGUCCACUGUUGCUUCUGCAGCUGGGAAUAUUUCAAAUCCAUCUGAGAAGUUGAGUGAUAGCAGUGCUUCUCCCCAUGAUUGGGAAACCUCUAAAUCUGAGAAAUGGAUUGAUAACCGACAGACUAGUGGAGGGAAUUGGAAUGCAGAUUUUCCAAAGAAGAGCUUCAGUGAGAGGAAGACAGAUACUGUUUGUGGGGCUGCAACCACAGGAAACUCAACACAACUACUACCUGGUAAUCCGCAAACUGGUGGUAGAGAAAGUUGGAACAGUGGAUCUUGGAGGAAUGGCACAGAAGGAUCCACGAAUUUGACAGACAACCCAGCACAGCCGCUUGAGGAUCCCCCGAAUUAUAGAGAUAGUUUGACCAGGGGAGUUUUGGGAAAGAGUUUGGAGGGGUCUUGUGUAACUGAACCAGAUCCACUUGACAUGUCACAAGAGGCAAAAGAACAGAGAUGGUUCAGGCGGGUCCAACAGAUCAAGGACAUCUCCGAGCUGAGCAAUAUCCCCGAUGAAGACUUCCCAGAGAUAAUGCCAAUGAGGAAAGGGGUAAACAGGUUUGUUGUGAGCAAAAGGAAGACACCGUUAGAGAGAAGGUUGACAUCUCCUCAAUACAGAAGGAAUCUUCCAAUUAUUAACUCUGAUCCAGUGAAGGAGAAUGAUGCGAGCUGAAAUAUUGGUAGUGUUGUUAUACUUGAAUGAUUUUGCCCUAUUACGUUAUCUGCUUAGAAUGCAUUAUUCAUUUUCUUUCCAAACGGAGCCCUGAAAAAUAAUACAUCUAAAGGCUUGAUGUAUGGAAAUUUUGUUGUAGGGAUACAUACCGGAUUUUGGAUUAUUGAUGUGAACAUGAUUGGAAGACUACAGUAAUUAUAUGAUCUAGACUAGUAAUUAUAUGAUC